UCUUCUUUGGCGUCGUCUUCAUGUUGAUGUGCAGGUAAACACCCAAUCAAGCGAUUGAAGAAAUGAAAGAUGGAGGAAGGAAGCAGGGUGCCGCGUCGCCGUGUGCGGCAUGCAAGCUGCUUCGAAGAAGAUGUGCUAACGACUGUGUCUUCGCUCCUUAUUUCCCCGCCGAUGAGCCCCACAAGUUCGCUAAUGUUCACAAAGUCUUUGGAGCCAGUAAUGUCAACAAAAUGCUUCAGGAGCUACCAGUGCAUCAAAGAGGGGAUGCAGUGAGCAGUAUGGUGUAUGAGGCAAAUGCAAGAGUGAGAGAUCCAGUGUAUGGGUGUGUUGGGGCCAUCUCUUCUCUUCAGCAGCAGAUUGAUGUGCUUCAGACCCAAUUGGCCUUAGCCCAGGCUGAGGUGGUCCAUCUUAGGGUUAGCCAGUCUGCUUCCCUUUCCAACCAUGGGCUCAGCCCAACUAGCAGUGAUUCGCCCCCACCUUCAAAGCCCGUUUUUGACAUUGACUUUGUGAUGGACCAAUCCACAUAUUCUGAUUCAAUGUGGCCCUGCUAGUUUCGUCCCCUUUUUCCUUUAUCAGAGAAGUUGAUUCCCCUCAUCUUCAGAGAUAGAUAGAGACACAAUAUGGAUGAUGUGUUUGAUCUCACAUAUUGUGUUUUUCUCUUUUACUGAAAUUGAAACAAUCAAUUUCUUUAGAAAGUAUAAAUGAUUUAAAUCAAGUCUUUGCUAGCAUUUUAGUGGCGGUGAUUA